AUGGCUCGGAGGAUGAGCAUCAAUGAGCUGGAGGACCAACUGCUCUGUCCCGUCUGCUUGGAGGUCUUCAAAGAGCCCCUGAUGCUGCAGUGUGGGCAUUCAUACUGCAAAUCCUGUGUGGUGUCACUCUCUGGGGAGCUGGACAGGCAGUUCCUGUGCCCUGUGUGCCGUCAGAUGGUGGACUGCAGUGCUUUGUCACCCAAUGUCACACUGGCCCGUGUCAUCGAGGCAUUGCAGAGCCUGUGCGAGGCAGAGCCGAGCCCGGAGUCCUGCCCAACACACCACAACCCCCUCAGCCUCUUCUGUGAGGCUGACCAAGAGGUGAUCUGUGGGCUGUGUGGCACCAUUGGCAACCACCGCCAGCACAAGAUCACCCCCAUCUCUACUGCGUACUGCCAGAUGAAGGAGGAGCUGUCUGUGCUGCUGACCAAUCUCCACCAGUACAAGAGGAACCUGGAUGAACACAUCAGCAAGCUCAUCAACAACAAAAGCCGCAUCGCAAACGAGGCAGAUGUCUUCAAGUGGGUGAUCCGGAAGGAGUUCCAGGAGCUGCACAGGUACAUUGAUGAGGAGAAGGCCACCUUCCUGGACAGCAUCGAGAGGAAGGCCACGCAGCUCAUCACCUCUAUUGAGUCCCAGGUCAAGCAGACAUCAGACGCCCUGCAGAGGCUUAAGGAGAUGCAGAGCUCUCUGGAGGCACUCAGCAAUGAAAGUCAGCUCGGUUUCAUCCAGAAAUACAGCUCCUCCCAGUUCAGGUCAGAGCUCCUCAACCUGCACCCUGGUGAUGGCGUCUUUAGCCCUGUGUCCUUUAAGCCAUGCUUCCACCAGGAUGACAUCAAGAUGACUGUGUGGAAGCGCCUGCACCGCCGUGUCCUUCCAGCUCCAGAGACGCUGAAACUGGACCCAGUGACAGCACAUCCUCUCCUGGAGCUCCUCAAGGGUGACACGAUGGUGCGGUGUGGCCUCUACCAGCGCCGGGACAGCAACCCCAAGCGUUUUGACUCCAGCAAUUGCAUCCUCACUUGCAAGGGCUUCUCUUGUGGCCAGCACUACUGGGAGGUGAUCGUGGGUGCCAGGAACCACUGGCGUGUGGGCAUCAUCAAGGGCACGGUCAGCCGCAAAGGGAAGCUGAACAAGUCUCCUGAGAACGGCGUGUGGCUCAUUGGUCUGAAGGAAGGGAAGGUCUACGAGGCCUUUAGCCUGCCACGGGCUACCCUGCCUCUGACCACCCGGCCCCAGCGCAUCGGCAUCUACCUGCACUACGAGAAGGGUGAGCUGAGCUUCUACAAUGCUGACAACCCUGAUGAGCUCAGCCCCAUCUACACCUUCCAGGCAGAGUUCCAGGGUCAGCUCUACCCCAUUGUGGACCUGUGCUGGCCCGAGCGAGGGCCCUAUUCCCCUCCCAUCAUCCUGCCUGUGCCCACUGCGAGCAGGCACCCUCAGGCUCUGAACAGCCAUCCUGCCCCUGAGGAACCCACGAAGCCAUAG